GUGUGUGUGUGUGUGUGUGUGUGUGUGUGUAGGUCAUGAGGAGUCCUGAACAGACCGGAUCAGUCUGAUCUCUCCGUCCUCCUGCAGGACUGAACAGGAAACACUGUCGUCUGUCACAGUUUAACUCAGGAGAUCAUCUGACAGCUGGAGCCUCUGAGGGUCAGUUCAACCACCUACUGACCAGGAUGCUGCAGCUGUGUAAAGUCACUAAAACUCUGUUCAUCAGUGAUGCUCGUGCUGCCUGCAGCGAUGAGCUCCUCCAGCAGGAGGAGGUGACGCUCUGCAUCAAUGUGUCCAAGCAGCAGCCGUUUCCCUCCACUAGCGUCACCAAGUUGCAAGUACCUGUGUACGAUGACCCUAACGAGGACCUGUAUAGCCACUUCGACCGAUGUGCAGACGCCAUCCAGAAGGAGGCGAACCGCGGAGGACGCAGCGUCGUCUACUGCAAGAACGGACGCAGCCGUUCGGCAACCAUCUGCAUCGCCUACCUGAUGAAGCACCGCAGGCUGAACCUGACAGAGGCCUUACAGAAGGUGAAGACGGCUCGUCACGUGAUUGAUCCGAACCCCGGCUUCAUGUCUCAGCUCCAGAGAUAUGAACAUGAUCUGCGUAAAAGACGAGGAGAGUCCUGAUCCUCCGCUGAAAACCCUCGUCCAGCUCUGAAGGUGAACCGCUUCCCCUCUGUCCACCGCUGCAGCUCGAUCUGAUCUCCAUCUUUUCUGACUGUGAAUAUUUAAACUUAAUCAACCAUAGAUUCUAGAUUCAAAAUGAACUUUAUAUAUUGAUGUGAACAGGAAAAAACUGAAAGAGAGGGAGCACUCACGUCUUUAUCAUUGACGUCAUCGUUUGUCCAUAAUGAAACAUUAUAUUACAGAUCCUGUACAUAGUUUAGUAAUUUAGUAACGUUGACAGGGAAAUUAACAACUUUAACUUAAUAUAACCGUAAUUGUUAUUGGUAUAUUUAUAGAGUAAAAUACAAAAUUUGACCAAAAGGUAGUAUAGAUAUAAACUGCACAACGAUGCUAAUACUGUAGUAUGUAAUGUACAGUGAUGCAAUGCAAAUCAAUAUGCAACAACAUUAACUAUUUUCUGACAUUUCAGUAAUUAAACAAAUAAUUGAUUAGUUGCAUGGUUGGAAGUCGCUUGGAAACAGGAGGCACUGUUAAAAGUGAUCAGUGUGUGAGCUCAUCCCUCCACCAACUUGAUCCAGACGUCUAUUUGGAUCAAAUCACAAAUACUUGAACAGUAUGUAGUUUUAGAAGUAAAUAAUAAGUCAGUUUACUACACAUGUAUAUGAUUAAUACUGUAACCAGCCAUCAAAUGUCUUAACCUGUACUGGACCCUCAAUAAAACAAAGAUAGACUCAGGCUGAAAGUGUAGAUGGAGCAAACAGUGAAAUAAGGUCAAACGUGAUCCUUUAUUGAGCAGCAGCAUAUCGUCAGGGUUGGUUCCGAUAUAUUCAGAUGAAGAUAUUACUCAUUGAUUCUGAAGCCGGUUGAUCAUUAACUGUUAAAGCUACAGUUCUUAUUUUUAAACAGUUCUUAUUGUGUUUACACUGUGAAUAACGACAAUUCAUUUCAAGUCUGGAACCGACUAAAUUCAUAUUUGUAGUGCUGGGAUGUAAACAUGUGAGGUGUUUAAAGUGUGUGUUUGUUAAUCUCAGGUGUAUCAUCGAUUGAUCUGUCUUCUGAUUUUGAUUGGUUUUCCUUUUUAUCCCACUACAAAUAUUUUUUCUUUCCAGUUUUGGUUUUGAAAAAUAAAAAUAAAAUAUUUUUCUCUUCUUUUAUUUGUUUUCAAAUCACAAAUUAUAUUACAGAUUAUCUGAUGGUACAGGGACUGUGCUCAGUGAUGCUGUGGUUUAGAACUGAAUUUAAAAAAUAACGAAAUGUGUCUUCUCAUGAGUCUGUGGAGAUAAACACAAACAGAUCUGUUGACUUUCGUGAGCUUCCAGUUUGCAGCGCUGUAAAACAAAGGCCUUCUGCACAUGCUCCGUGUCCCUUUAAGACUCUGUUGAAGAACAAAUAUGUGCAAAUGAAAUAAAACUCUGCUCACUCAGGAACCAGCUCUGUGAUUCUAACUGAUUCAAAAAAUAAAAAGGGUGAGAUUGUU